ACCUUUGAUGAUGGAGACACUCGCACGAUUCGAGAAGGACGUGAAGCGAACCGACACCGGGUUCCUGGCGAUAGCAACAGAGGUGGAGAAUGACGGAGAGAAAGCCUCGGAAACUCCAGAAAAGAUCAAGGAAUUAUUGAAGGAGUUCCAAGAUAUUCUUCCGGACGAUCUUCCGAAUGAGCUACCGCCAUACCGAACGCAUCAACACGAGAUCGUGGAGGAACUGGGUUCGAAGCCGACCUUCCGAGCACCAUAUCGGCUCAGCCCUACGGAGCUGACUGACAUGAAAAAACAAAUCGAGUAUCUCCUAGCCAAAGGACUCAUCCGACCAUCCACUUCGCCGUACGGUGCCCCGGUACUCUUCACACCGAAACCGGACGGAAGCCUGCGCAUGUGCAUCGACUACCGAGCUCUUAACAAGCAGACCAUCAAGAAUAAAUAUCCAAUACCGCGAAUCGAUGACCUGCUUGACCAGCUUCGGGGAGCUACGGUAUUUUCCAAACUGGAUCUGCGGUCCGGAUACUGGCAAAUACGCAUGGCGGACAACUCUAUCCACAAAACUGCUUUCCGAACUCGGUACGGAUCGUACGAGUAUUUGGUAAUGCCAUUCGGACUCACCAACGCACCGGCAACGUUCCAAGCCGAAAUGAACCACAUUCUACGACCACUUUUGGACGAGUGCGUGGUGGUGUACCUGGACGACAUACUCAUCUACUCGCGCGACAUGAAGCAGCACGUCGAACACCUGCGACGCGUCUUCGAAAUUCUUCGACGAGAACGAUUCUACGUCAAACUGUCCAAGAGCGAAUUCGCCCUUGAAAAGGUCCAGUUCCUAGGACACAUAGUGAGCGCUCACGUCGACCCCAAGAAAAUCGAAGCCGUACGCACGUGGAAGACACCCGAGAACGUGAAGGAGUUGCAGCAGUUCCUAGGCUUCGCUAAUUACUACAACAGGUUCGUGCCACAGUAUGCGAAAAUCGCAGCACCACUCACGAAUCUGCUGAAGAAGAACACGCCCUACAAAUGGGAGCCGAAGCACCAGGAAGCGGUGGAGCAGCUGAAGCAAGCACUUACGUCCGCACCGGUACUCAUUUUGCCAGAUCCCGAACGCGACUACGUCAUCGAAGCUGACUCCAGUGACCAAGCAGUGGGAGCAGUCUUGAUGCAAGAUCAAGGGAAUGGACUGCAACCAAUCGCUUACCUAAGUAAGAAACUGCACGGGGCAGAACUAAACUACCCGAUACACGAAAAAGAGGCCCUGGCUAUCAUCAUCGCCUUCAAAGCGUGGAGAUGCUAUCUCGAAGGACGAAGAACAACCGUCUACACUGACCACUGCAGCCUGAAAUACUUGAAGACACAACCCAACCUUUCCACGCGGCAGGUCCGGUGGAUCGACUUCCUCGAGACACACUUCCACUACGACAUCGUGUACAAGCCAGGUCACAAGAACAAAGCAGACGCUCUCAGCCGGCCUGCACACGUUGCCGCUAUUCAGGUCGAAGGGAUGAAUCCACUACUCAAGGGACUCUUCACACACGGGUACGCCAUCGACCCCGAAAUUCCCUUGGCAGAAAAGCGACAUCUGCUACAGUGGGACAGUGACAUCACGUACCGGAAAGGAUCAACGAAAAUCUGGAAAUUCGUCACCUCGUGUGAUACAUGUCAGCGGAUGAAGAGCAGCAAACAGAAGAAGGCGGGACUACUGCAGCCUCUUUCUGUCUCAGAACAACCAUGGCAAGUGGUUAGCCUGGACUUCAUCACCGGGUUACCACCUACCUCCAGCGGUCAUGACGCCAUCCUUGUCGUCAUUGACAAGUUCUCCAAAAUGGGACACUUCAUCCCGACACACACGACAGCACGCACCGAAGAAACAGCACAACUCUUCGUUCGAUACAUCAUCUCACAGCAUGGCAUUCCAACCACACUCAUCUCCGACCGAGACCCUAAGUUCACCAGCAAGUUCUGGAAGGAACUUAUGUCUCUCCUCGGGACCAAACUCGCCAUGUCAUCCGCUUACCAUCCGCAAACAGACGGACAGACCGAGCUCCUCAACCAAAUUGUUGAGCAACUCCUCCGAGCAGCCUGCAAGGACGAGAUCUCCAAAUGGGACUUGCACCUGCCCGUACUAGAGUUUGCUUACAACAAUGCUACAUAUGCCGCUACUGGACAGACGCCGUUCUUCCUCUGCUACGGACGCCACCCACUCACACCACAAAAACCGACAACAUCAGCUACAGUCCAACCCGCACAUGAUUUCAUCACAACCAUGCAUCAGCUUUGGGAUCGGACCCACAAGCGCCUACUCGACAUUCAACAGCAACAGAAGCGCCAAGCCGAUCGCCAUCGCAACGAUCACACCAUCACGGUAGAAGACCAGGUGCUUCUUGACACCCGCAACCUGGACAUCAGCCAUCUCCCAUCUAAACUUCGACCUCGCUUCUGCGGGCCUUUUCUCGUUGAAGCACAGGUCACUCCUGUUACCUUCCGCUUACGCCUGCCAGCUACCUGGAAGAUUCACAACGCCUUCCACGUCCAACUUCUGAAGCCCUAUCGGGACCCGAACACGAUCUUCGUCGGACGCCAACCGCCGCCGCCACCGCCCGUCCUCGUCCAUAAUGAACCCGAGUACGAGGUCGAGUCCGUGCUCGCACACCGCCGUCGUCGGAAUGGCACCGUGGAGCUUCUCAUCCGUUGGAAGGGUUAUGAUCCUUCUGAGGACAGCUGGGUACCUGAGUCCGACAUGGGUAACGCCCGUCGUCCUCUACAUGACUACCUUGUCAAGCAGGAACACUCAACAGCAGCACCCCCAGAACCAACACCCCCAGAGCGAGAACCCCCUCCAACACCAGCGGCACCCCCAGAAGCCGCAGGACGAACACCCUCCUCCACACCAGCACCCCCAGGGGCCGAGAGCAGCGGCGGCAGUGGCGGCAACGGCUGCGGCGGCGGCGACAGCGGCGACGGCUGCGGCAGCGACAGCGGCGGCGGCGGCGACGACAGCGGCGACGGCUGCGGCGGCGACGGCGACGGCGGCGGCAGCGGGGUCGGCGACUGCGACAGUGGGGGCGGAGGCACCGGGGAAGGGGGACGCGGCAAGGACGGACCGGGGUGAGGGUGUCGACAAAGGCGGUCAG